GAAAAGAACUCUUUUAUUGGCCGUAAGAUUAACCCCUAAUAUGUAUCGCUACGGCCUUGAUCUCUCACCUCCAUCAGCUCACGUGCACGCGAGUUUUCGAGAACUCUUAACUGAAACCCUUUCACUCACUCCCCUGCUAGUGCUGCCAAAGUUUCACUUUCUCGUCUCAAUUUCUCACCCAAAAAUAUUUAUUUCAUUUUUUUUCAAAAUUUUAAUUAAUCAAAAAACCUCAAGAAUCCCAAUAAGCCAUGCCCACCAACGAAAACUUCUCAGGUGUUUCGAAUUGCUAUGUUUUCAAGAGCCGAUUGCAGGAGUAUGCGCAAAAAGUGGGUCUUCCUACACCUGUAUAUGAGACUAUCAAGGAGGGUCCUUCCCAUGAACCCUCUUUCAGAUCAACAGUGAUAGUAAAUGAUGUUAGAUAUGAUUCCUUGCCUGGAUUCUUUAAUCGCAAGGCUGCGGAGCAGUCAGCUGCUGAAGUUGCUCUCAUGGAGUUGUGCAAGUCUAGCGAAGUUAAUGAAAGCAUCUCUCAGCCUGUUCAUGAGACAGGCUUGUGCAAAAAUCUACUACAGGAGUAUGCACAGAAGAUGAAUUAUGCAAUUCCGGUAUAUCAAUGUCAGAAGGGCGAAGCACCAGGUCGGGUGCCUCACUUUUCAUGUACAGUUGAGAUUGGAGGCAUUAGGUAUAUUGGAGCUACAGCAAAAACAAAAAAAGAAGCAGAGAUUAAAGCUGCCAGAACUGCUCUACUGGCUAUCCAGUCAAGUAUAUCAGAACUAUCUAAUAUGGGAGUUGGCAACUCUCAGCUAACAGUUAUUCCUUGCAGAAAGAGGGCAAUGGAGACAGCUAGUAAUCCUGAUGAGACUGUGAAUGUUCCUAAGGCAAAGAAAGCCCGAUUCAAGAAGAAAAUGUUGAAAACAAAACUCUCUGGGAACAAUGCUGAUCAUUCUCAAGACAAAACUACAGGCAAUUUAGCUGUUGGUUUGGAUGAUCCGGUAAAAUCAGAAUGGAUUCAAACUGAUUCUUUUAUCGUAUUGAGUUCAGAAACUUUAGCUACAGAUGUGAUGAGGGAUCUCAUUGAUACGAAGAUAGAGAGUGGCUUGAGUGAGCAAAUGCGUUCUGCAGAUGCUGUAUUGACUCCCAAGGUUGCUGAUAAUUGUGAAAAUGGGCAAUUAACAGCUGCGAAUUCUAUUUGUAGCAAUCAUGAGGCUCCGGAUGUGGAAAAUUCCUCCAAGGUUUAUGAUGAUCUAACUGAUUUGGUUAAAUUGACUAAUGGAGACGAGGUGGUUUCAAUGGCUAAUGAUCCAACGCUGAGUCAGAUGGAGGCUUCAAAAAGCAUGCCUGGCUUAAACCAAGCACUAGAGAGUAUCCAUGCAAAUUCGGGCCAAGCAUAGGGCCUAGAAAAAGUAGAUGCUGGCUUGAUUGCUGGAAUUUAGUUUUACAAUUGGAGAAACGAGGAAUGGUGGGAAGAGGGCAAACCGGGACUCAUAAUAGAUUUCUUUGCAGACAUCUUGAAAAUUUUGCUCGAAUUGGUAAACUAGAGUUGCUAGUAUCUGCUUCAGUGUGUAUGUUUUUGUUUCAUUCUUUUAUAUAAUUUAUUGUAAAUUGGGAAAUUUGUGGCAGGGUCCCGAUAUGAGUGCUGUUGUAAGUUCAAAUGUCUGCAUUUGAACAUUUUGUUGCUUACAAUGUAGUAUCUACUAUCCUAAUUUUUAUGUGAAGAUAGCUAACCCCUUUCUGAAUCUCUCAUUUGCUGUGGUUGAUGCAAGCACUUUAUAGUUUUCAGGGUGAAUUCCAAAAACCCCCUUAAAAUACAUUGGAAAUCCUCCUUUGUUUUUUUUUGGCUCUUAAUCACUCAUGCCACCAUAGAAGGGCGUUGUCUGUUCCUUCAUUGCUGCCACUUCUCUCAUUUUCCCCAUCAUUGCUAUUUCUCUUCUUCCUCAUG